CACCACUCAUCCGGGCCACUGGUGGGCGCUGUGCAACCGACAGUCGAUCAAGUGUCAACAAGACAACAGCCGGUGGCAGGAGGACGCCAGCCUGCGACCGGAGGAGGCUCUGGUGGUGGAGAACGCCAUCCGACUGGCGAUCGACUCGGUGGUCAAUGUGCUGUAUGGCGUCAACAGCAGCCAUAGUCGCGAGUACCAGCGGAUGGUGGCCGACAGGGACAAAGAGAUUGCGAGGCUGCAGCGGGAGGUGCAAGCGUUGCGCCGGCGGGGAUGUGCUUCGUGCAGGGCGCUCGACCGGGGUACCCCCGACCGGUCCCCGGACUCCGGGAAACACAGGGACGACGGCGGCGGAGGCGGCAUUGACGCCGGUCAGCAGCAGCAACAGUGUGAAUUCAGUUUCUCCUCGGGUCUCUUUGACAGCCAUCCACCCAACAUCCCCUCCUUGGGACUCCCCUCACCCCCCCACAGGCAAGCGGAUCCAGCUGGCACUUUCGAGGCGGGCAGCAUCACCGUCAAAGAGGAGCCGUGCAACAUGGAUGCCAUCCUCGUCAAAUGGGAGCUGAGCGAGGAGAGGUUGCGGGAGCAGCCGGAGCAAACCGCCAGUUCUUGUUGGGACUCAGAAUUGGAGCUCAGAGAAGUCAUGACCUGCGACGAAGCAGACGGACUGGGGCAUGUGGCAGAGGCGGAGCAACAGAGGAACAAGAAAAAGCGAGUCCCCACGGCGGAGUUGCCCGAGGAGGCCCAGCAGCAGAAGCGUGCCGCCUGGCGAGCCGCCUCCCGACGCUACUACGCCCGCAAGGUGGCUCGCCAGCAGGCCGGCCCCCCGUCACGCUCCGCCCAAUUACACCAUGUGCCGCCCAGCUCCCAAUACGCCGCCUCGCCCUGCGGCCCUUUGGCCGCUGGUAACAGGAAGCGGGCGCACAUUUCCGCAUUGCCUCACGACUCGCAGGCGCAGCAGAGGGAGGCCUGGCGAGCCUCCUCCAGGAGGUACUACGCCAGGAAAAUGGCACAACAGCACCACCAGAACGGACCCCCGGAGUACCGCCACGCUGAUCCGCCGGGGGGCGACAGAGGGGCACUUGAGGGAAUUUUGUGUAGUUGAUGAUGAACAACACUGUGGCUGUCUUGGCUCCUUCCAUGCCACCCGUCCACAACCGCUAGAGGGGGGGGAUUAAUUAUUUAUUCAUUUAUUAAUUAAAGAUGUUGUUCCAAUCAGAAAUAGCUGUCAAUAAAAUAAAUAUUCACUCUAUCAAAUUAGCUUCUGCCUUUGAAAUGAGUGAAAAAUCCCAUUAAUUCGUUCCCAAAAACAGAACAUGUGUACAUUGUUUUAAAUAAGAGAAUAACACUCUAUUAUAUUAUACUUUAUAAAACAAAUUAUUAACACGAUUCACCAGAAGGAGAUGAUAAACAAAUUGCGCAUUAUGAUUAAUUCAACUCCCUCUGUUGUGUGCAACUUGGCCACCAGUGGGCAGUAUAACACAAACACAAAGACAAAUCAUAACUACCAAAAUUAAAGAAACGGUUUAAAAUAUGUUUUUGGGGAGAACAUCAUUAUAUUUAGCUUACUAUUUUCACCAGUUUUCUCACUGACAUCUUCGGUCAUUUUGAAUAAAAAAACUCUCCAAUGAGUGUCUUUUUCCUCCCUUUCAUUUCAUACAUUAGCCGAGAUAACCUCCUGGAUGGUCAUUCCCAGCACAGCCUGAGAUCAUCGACUACGGAUACACUGAAGACAUUUCAAUGUUCUUCUGAGUCUGCUUCCCUUUUCAAAUGGAGGCGUUGCAGUGCGCCCAUCAUCCAUUAUCUGUAACUGCAUCAGAAGAUCGACAUCUUUGUUUUGAUGGCAUUUUUCACAAUCCAGAACCCUUAUAGCUUAAAAAAAUGAAGGUUAAACGACGUGUAUAGUCAAAUGGAAUUCCGUACUCUGAUCCUCCCAACUGAGAAGCAGGCGUGCAAACCACUCGUCCAUCAUGUUGACCUGCAGUAUUUGAAAAAGCCAUCUGUCCAUUUUCUGCACUUGUCUUUAUCGUAUUAAAAGGCUUUUCAUUUAAAAUAUAUAUAUAUGUUGUUGUUUCUUGUACAGCUUCUGGACCAG